ACUUCCGGGCUGCUGUCGAGAAGGGAGGAGAUGCUCAGGGUAGACAUGCUCUCUAGAAAGCCCUCUGCGAAUUGAGGACUUUCCCGCCCUUUUCGAGCUUCUUAGGAGCUCUGCCCUGACGUUUGAGCGCAUGCGUCAAUGAGGGUGGUCCAGGAGCCUGUGGCUAGGCUCAUGCAGGAGGCACGAGGGGGCGCUAGCAUCCUCUGAGGGAAGGCCUGAGUGAGGACUGACUGUGUGAAGAGUGGGUCAGCCCUUGCAUCGCAGAACAGCCUCCAUUGGCUACGUGCGACUUUACGACUUUAAGAGGGUGACAGUGGCCCUGAGGGUCCUGGGUGUGCCUCUGGUGACCAGGAACAAAGGGGUAGGUGAGUUGGAAGAAGGAUGUGGAGUAUAGUAACUAAUGCGGUGCUGUCACAAGCCUUCCUCCAAAAUCCCCCAGAAAUUCUCUUUCCUGGUUGCUUCAGUCUAGGACAUUACUUCUCCACUUUUACUGCAAAGAUUGGGGACAGUAGUACGGGUGCCCAGGAAGAAUGGCAUUCCCAGUCUCUCAAGAAGCCCACCUCUAGUGUCCUGAAGAAAUGUUCAGAUGUGGACCUCUCCUUCCCCCAGCCACGGCCAGGCUCCAACCUCUUCAGUGGUACAAAGAGAGGGACUGUGUUUCUCACCUCCUACCGGGUGAUUUUUGUGACUUCACGUUCAGACAACGAUCCCAUGUUGUCUUUUAUGAUGCCGUUUCAUCUAAUGAAUAACUGCACCAUUGAACAGCCCAUCUUUGGUGCAAACUACAUUAAAGGGACAAUUCAGGCAGCUCCAGAUGGUGGCUGGGAAGGUUCUGCUACUUUUAAAAUAGUCUUCAGGAAAGGAGGUGCAAUCGACUUUGCCCAGUUGAUGGCCAAAGCUGCCUCUGCUGCUGCCCAAGGAGUUCCACUGAGAGUUGCAAGCUUCUGGAUGGGCCCUCUAGGAAUUUAUGUCAUCACUGGAGAGAGGAACAUUUAUGCCCCACAGGCAUACCAAGCUGCCUAUGGAGCCCCACACGCGGGGUAUGGAGUCCCACCCGCCGGAUACGGAGUCCCACCCGCAGGAUACGGAGUUCCACCCGCGGGAUACGGAGUCCUACCUGCUGGGUACGGAGCCCCACCUCCCAGAUACGAUGUCCUGCCUUCUGGAUACGGAGCUGCGAGAUAUGGAUCCCCUCCUCCUCUAUACGUAGCUACCCCUAUGGGCUAUGGAGUCCCACCUCCUGGGUAUGGACCCCCACCUGUGAGAUACGGAUCCCCACCUCCUGGAUACGAAGCCCCCACUAUGCAGUAUGGCGCCCCACCUCCUACAUACGUAACUACACCUAUGGAAUCCGGUUCCCCACCUCCCGGAUAUGAAGCCCCGCCUAUUGGGUUUGGAACCCCUGGCUCAGGGAGUGAGUCCAUACCUUCUGGAUCCACAUCCCUGCCUGUCGCACAGGAAGCACUACCUGCUGGGUCUGAAGCAGGCCAUCCCACGUCUGUGGCAGCCCAGAAUCCUGAAUUUCAGGCAUCUUUCCCCUCUACCUCGUCGUCACAGUCCCAUUCUCCCCCGUCUAAGAUGUAAACCUUGAAGUUUCACCAAGCAAAA